CGUCUUCCAUCUUCGAAGACUUUUGCCGCCGACACUGCAUCGAACACCUCCGCUCACCGCCUUACCAUCCCCAAUCCAAUGGUCAAGCGGAGCGAUUUGUCGACACAUUCAAGAGGGCGCUUUUGAAAUCUCGCGGGGAGGGGACCGUGGAUGAGUGUCUUCAAGCCUUCCUGCUCUCGUACCGGUCCACACCGAAUCCAGCUACGCCAGGAUGCCAGUCACCAGCUGAAGCAUUGAUGGGCCGCAAGCUACGCACCACAAACGAUGCGCUCAUUCCGACAGAGAAGCCACCUACUCACUCUGGUGCCGGCACCAAACACAAAGAAUUCGCCGUCGGAGCCCCAGUCUACGCUCGUGAUUACCGAGCAGGUCAUCCUCGCUGGAUCAAAGCAACAGUGACAGCCAGGCGAGGUGACAUGCUUCAUGAUGUCUCCGUAGGUGAUGACACCUGGGUUCGCCAUCGCAAUCAACUUCGUCCGCGCCACGAAGAAACCUCCAUGCCAGCCAGCUAUCCCGUGCGCCUGCCGCUGCACAUCCUGUUGGAUACUUUCGGAUUGGCCACACAACGACAGAUCACGGUCGAAGCCGCUCAGUCGCCGCCGCAUCUCGAGAACCCACCUUGCCGACGAACAGAAAGAAUCCGGAGGUCACCGAAAUCCCUCCAGGUCAAUCCUCGCCAGAAGCGGUACGCUCUCUCUUCAAAGGGAGGUGUUGCGGGCCCGUCAAAAAUCCCCGCAAAAAACGCGCCAGUAACUCCGGCAUAAUGGCUGUGGGAAGCGGAGUCCAAUUUCUCCCCACAACGCAGCAGUGUUCAGCCACUCCGAGGCGCGUCCCAACUGCGAACCUUUUGACAAUGGUCAUUUGCAAACUACCACCUCUGCGUGGUGACUUUUUCC